CCUGAAUCAUUAAAUAACACGGUAUAUUUUAGUAAAUGUCUUUAUGUUGUUGCUGUGAGCGAACGUACAUUUAUAAAACAAUAAAAGAGUUCUGUUGCGGCAGGUAAGCGGACACCUCUUGCGGCGGGGUCCUGAACCAGGAAGAGAAGAUGACGGUCCACAACCUGUACAUAUUCGACCGUAACGGCAGCUGUCUGUAUUAUAACGAGUGGAACCGGAAGAAGCAGGCGGGGAUCUCCAAAGAGGAGGAGUUCAAGCUGAUGUACGGGAUGUUGUUCUCCAUCCGCUCCUUCGUCAGUAAGAUGUCUCCUCUGGACAUGAAGGAGGGCUUCCUGUCCUUUCAGACCAGCAGGUACCGUCUCCAUUACUACGAGACUCCCAGUGGACUGAGGUUCGUCAUGAACACGGAUCUGUCAGUGAGCAACGCCAGAGAGACCCUGCAGCACAUCUACAGCAACCUGUAUGUGGAGUACAUAGUGAAGAACCCGGUGUGUGACUCUACUCACAGUUUGGACAGCGAACUGUUCAGCAGCCGACUGGACGCCUUCAUCAGAGCGCUGCCGUACUACAGCCCACGAGCUGCCUGACACACACACACUGUAACACACACACACACACACACACACACACAGUGACACACACACACACACACAGACACACACACACUGUAACACACACACACACACACACACAGACACACACACACUGUAACACACACACACUCACACACACACACACUCCACACACACACACACACACACACACUCACACACACACACACACAGUGUAACAGUUUUAUAGUUUGUUGAUCUAAAAUGUGUAAAAUGAUUUAAAGAGUCAAACUGUGUCUGAUCAUAAUCUGAAUAUGUAAACAGCUCCUCAUCUGAGCUCCUAUUAAUACAAUCUGUUGUUGUUGUUGUUGUUGUUGUUGUUGUUGUUGUCAGAGGAGAAUGUACUCACCUUUCAAUAAAACAUCUUCAGUAUCUAAUAA